UGUUUAUUACGUCGAAUACGGUAUUUGUUUAUUUUUGUCUCACGUAGUGCUGGGACAAGGCACAUGGUUUAUUGCCAAGUCACACAGCUGUAUGCACACUUGAUGUAAGACUGUUGCACACUGCAACAGCACACCUGCCACAAUAGUGUUGCUGUACACUGUAAACAUUUCUGCAAUCCUCAUGUAAGGGCUUGUGGUAUGAGGUUAAUGUGGCAACCUUCAGACCAGAAGUAUUUUUGGAACCAGUGCAUCUGGGCUGACAUCACCGUUGGCAACACAGAUCUAUAUGGUGUACACAUGGUGAAUAUGAGAGGUCCCAGAUGAGCCUGAUGUAUCUGCGUUGUUUAUCUGGGGUCACUAACACUGGAUGGAGUAUUGGGUUGUGUCAGUGACUAGAUGGAGACAUAUAGAUUCCUGCUAAUGUAGUCCUAUAGUUAUCCUUGCUCCAUGUCUGUACUGAAUAAUACGUCCAUGGGGGUAUAGUAACUCUAUCCUUAUAAUAGGCAAGUCUAGAUAAGCGGACAGUGCAGUCUUUUAUAGGCACAACUUGUUAUUUAUAUAAUCUACAAAGUAUGAUUUAAACAAAUAAUUAUUGCCUUAGAGACUUGUGCAAGUCUAUCUUGUUUCGUGCUACUGUGUUGUCGGGUAGUCCAGAUGGGGAUACAGGACAUGGGUAGAGCAUUGCGGGUAGUCCAGAUGGGGAUACAGGACAUGGGUAGAGCAUUGCGGGUGGUCCAGAUGGGGAUACAGGACAUGGGUAGAGCAUUGCGGGUAGUCCAGAUGGGGAUACAGGACAUGGGUAGAGCAUUGCGGGUGGUCCAGAUGGGGAUACAGGACAUGGGUAGAGCAUUGCAGGUAGUCCAGAUGGGGAUACAGGACAUGGGUAGAGCAUUGCGGGUAGUCCAGAUGGGGAUACAGGACAUGGGUAGAGCAUUGCGGGUGGUCCAGAUGGUGAUACAGGACAUGAGUAGAGCAUUGCGGGUGGUCCAGAUGGGGAUACAGGACAUGGGUAGAGCAUUGCGGGUAGUCCAGAUGGGGAUACAGGACAUGGGUAUAGCAUUGCGGGUGAUACAGGACAUGGGUAGAGCAUUGCGGGUAGUCCAGAUGGGGAUACAGGACAUGGGGCGAGCAUUGCGGGUAGUCCAGAUGGGGAUACAGGACAUGGGUAGAGCAUUGCGGGUAGUCCAGAUGGGGAUACAGGACAUGGGUAGAGCAUUGCGGGUGGUCCAGAUGGGGAUACAGGACAUGGGUAGAGCAUUGUGGGUAGUCCAGAUGGGGAUACAGGACAUGGGGAGAGCAUUGCGGGUGAUACAGGACAUGGGUAGAGCAUUGCGGGUAGUCCAGAUGGGGAUACAGGACAUGGGUAGAGCAUUGCGGGUGGUCCAGAUGGUGAUACAGGACAUGGGUAGAGCAUUGCGGGUGGUCCAGAUGGGGAUACAGGACAUGGGUAGAGCAUUGUGGGUAGUCCAGAUGGGGAUACAGGACAUGGGGAGAGCAUUGCGGGUGAUACAGGACAUGGGUAGAGCAUUGCGGGUAGUCCAGAUGGGGAUACAGGACAUGGGGCGAGCAUUGCGGGUAGUCCAGAUUGGGAUACAGGACAUGGGUAGAGCAUUGCGGGUAGUCCAGAUGGGGAUACAGGACAUGGGUAGAGCAUUGCGGGUGGUCCAGAUGGGGAUACAGGACAUGGGUAGAGCAUUGUGGGUAGUCCAGAUGGGGAUACAGGACAUGGGGAGAGCAUUGCGGGUGAUACAGGACAUGGGUAGAGCAUUGCGGGUAGUCCAGAUGGGGAUACAGGACAUGGGUAGAGCAUUGCGGGUGGUCCAGAUGGUGAUACAGGACAUGAGUAGAGCAUUGCGGGUGGUCCAGAUGGGGAUACAGGACAUGGGUAGAGCAUUGCGGGUAGUCCAGAUGGGGAUACAGGACAGGGGUAGAGCAUUGUGGGUAGUCCAGAUGGGGAUACAGGACAUGGGUAGAGCAUUGUGGGUAGUCCAGAUGGGGAUACAGGACAUGGGGAGAGCAUUGCGGGUGAUACAGGACAUGGGUAGAGCAUUGCGGGUAGUCCAGAUGGGGAUACAGGACAUGGGGCGAGCAUUGCGGGUAGUCCAGAUGGGGAUACAGGACAUGGGUAGAGCAUUGCGGGUAGUCCAGAUGGGGAUACAGGACAUGGGUAGAGCAUUGUGGGUAGUCCAGAUGGGGAUACAGGACGGGUAGAGCAUUGUGGGUAGUCCAGAUGGGGAUACAGGACAUGGGUAGAGCAUUGCGGGUGAUACAGGACAUGGGUAGAGCAUUGCGGGUG